AAACUGAAAGCAGAAAAAGAUAUGCAGAAAUACGGGGAGGAGAUAAAAACACUUGAGACCAAGUUAUCUGAGUUGGAGACGAGGCUGGAUUCAUCAAAAAUAGCUGCACUUCGGGGAGGCAUUGGUGGAAAUGGCCAGAGCUCUUCUGUCAAUGAGGUGAAUCACGUUCCAAGCUUCUCUAAAAUGGUGGUUGACAUCAAGGAUUAUUCUGGUAGAAGAAGUUUGAAACACGAGCGUGAGUGCUUAUCAGAAGAGAAGAUAGUGGUAUUCCUUCCAUGUUCUCAUCAGGUCCUAUGCGUCAAAUGCAAUGAGCUCCACAAGAAACAACAGAUGAAGGACUGCCCCGCUUGUAGGAGCCUGAUCGAUUGCCGCAUAUGUGCACGUUUUGCUAAGCCACGGGCUAUGGCUCUCUGAACCUUUUUGCUUGACUAAGACCAGUGAGUUGAU